AUGGAAAAGCUGUGCUUUGUGGUUGAAUCUUUGUAACAUUAGAGUGGAUGCACUCCUGAAGACCAUAUGACAUCAGAACCAAGGAUUAAAAAACUGGAACCAGUACUUUUGCCAGGUGAAAUUGUGGUAAAUGAAGUAAAUUUUGUAAGAAAAUGCAUUGCAACAGAUACAAGUCAGUAUGACCUAUGGGGCAAAUUGGUUUGCACUAACUUCAAGAUUUCCUUUAUCACGGACGACCCAAUGCCACUACAGAAAUUCCACUAUAAAAACCUCCUCCUUGGUGAACAUGAUGUUCCACUAACGUGCAUUGAGCAGAUUGUCACAGUGAAUGAAACCAAGAGGAAGCAGAAGAUCCUUGGUCCCAACCAAAAACUUAAGUUUAAUCCAACUGAAUUAAUAAUUUAUUGCAAAGACUUCCGUAUUGUCAGGUUUCGUUUUGAUGAAGCGGGUCCUGAAAGUGCAAAAAAGGUGUGCCUUGCAAUAGCUCAUUAUUCUCAGCCAACGGACCUUCAGCUUCUCUUUGCAUUUGAGUACGUUGGGGAAAUAUAUCAUAAUCCAGCAAAGAAGGUGAAUGGAAUAGACCCUGGAGGUGGUGGUGGUGGCAGCAUUGGCAGUGCCAGCGGUCAGCAGACACCUUUGUUUGAAACUUACUCUGAUUGGGAUAGAGAAAUCAAAAGGACAGGUGCAUCAGAAUGGAGAGUUUGUUCAGUCAAUGAAGGUUAUAUGAUAUCUACUUGCCUUCCAGAAUAUUUUGUGGUUCCGUCUUCCUUAGCAGAUCAAGACCUUAAGCUAUACUCCUACUCUUUCAUUGGGAGACGAAUGCCAUUAUGGUCCUGGAAUCACCCUAAUGGGAGUGCCCUUGUAAGAAUGGCCCACAUUAAAGAUGUAUUGCAACAAAGAAGAAUCGAUCAAAGGAUUUGUAAUGCAAUAACUCGAAGCCAUCCCCUGAGAAGUGACGUCUAUAAGUCUGAUCUGGACAAGUGUCUCCCCAACAUCCAGGAAAUCCAGGCUGCACAUAUCAAACUCAAACAGCUGUGUGUUAAUGAGCCUUUUGAAGAAUCUGAAGAGAAGUGGCUAUCCUCUCUGGAAAAUACUCACUGGUUAGAGUAUAUUAGGUUGUUUCUUAGGCAUUCUGCUGAGCUUGUCUAUAUGAUGGAAUGUAAACAUGUUUCUGUAGUUCUGCAAGAGGAAGAAGGACGGGAUCUGAGCUGUCUUGCUGCUUCUCUGAUUCAAGUCAUGCUGGAUCCCUACUUUCGAACAAUUGUUGGAUUUCAAAGCUUAAUACAGAAGGAAUGGGUCAUGGCAGGGUAUCAGUUUUUAGACAGAUGUAACCACUUAAAGAGAUCUGACAAAGAGUCUCCUUUGUUCUUGAUGUUUCUUGACUGUGUGUGGCAGCUGCUAGAACAAUACCCAGCAGCCUUCGAGUUCUCUGAAGUGUACUUGACCAUCCUGUACGACAGUGCACGGAUCUCGCUGUUUGGCACUUUCCUUUUCAACUGCCCUCACCAGCGAGUGAAGGAAAGCACUGAAUUUGCAAUAAGCAAAAAUAUUCAGCUGGGCGAUGAGAAAGGCCUCAGAUUUCCUUGUGUUUGGGACUGGUCUCUUCAGUUCACAAGCAGGGAUCGCCUGCUCUUUCACAACCCUUUGUAUAUUGGAAAGAGUGCACCAUGUGUCCAGAACGGAGCAGUGAAAACCUUUAAACGCUCAAAGAAAAACUACAGCUCCACAUUGCGAGGUGUACCCCCAGCAUUUAAAAAUGGAAUCAUCAGUGAGCAAGAGUUCCUUCCAAGAAGAAACUCUCUGAUCUUAAAACUGAAACCGGAGUUUUUACAGCAAACAGAGAGUCAGAGUAACAGUAUGGAACAGUACUUCAGAGACUGGUUUGCAAAGCCUGUUGAUUUGCAUGGCAUCAUUCUACCCCGUGUCUCUGGAACACAAGUGAAACUGUGGAAACUCUGCUACUUCCGCUGGGUUCCUGAGGCCCAGAUCAAUCAUGGUGGCUUCAUCACUGCUUUCCAUAAAGUUUCUUUGCUGGCAGACGAAGUAGACAUGUUGCACCGCAAUCUUCGGCAGUACAAAAGCAACUCUUCCUUGCAAGGCAACUGCUUGGAACUGGAUCAAAGCAGGAUGUACUUCAGAGCAAGUGCUUCAAAUGACACCUCUGGGGCCCCAGACUUUCUCUCCUCCUCAUUCCCAUUUUCUCCUGUAGGUAACCUAUGCAGACGGAGCAUUCUGGGAACACCUUUAAGCAAAUUCUUGAGCGGUGCCAAAAUCUGGCUGUCCACUGAGACGCUUGCAAAUGAAGACUAAGUUGAUACGGUGGUUUAAAGGUUUGGGGGAGAAUGCAGCAUAUCACUUUGUCUUUCCUGAGUUAACACUGCUAAACGCAGCACUGAACGCUCUGAAAGUUUUAUAGACAAACAUUAUGUAAGGUUUGCACAAAUACUGAAAAGCAAAGCAAGUCAUGCUUCCAGUCACACAACCUCCUCUUCAGUACUUUUCAUCUGCUGGGGCUUCUGAUCCCCAAUUCCUUCGCUCUUGUUACGGUUUGGCUCGUUAUAUGCGAAAGAGCGUUUCAUUAGCUAACUGAAAGGCUUGGUGUGGUCCUUAAUGAGGCUUCUGCUGGAAAUACCUUUUUUCCCAGAGGACUGAAGUGAUUCUUGUGUCCAAACAACUUGUCCAAUCAAAGCAGUUAGGGGCAGAGGACACAGGCUGACAUCUGAAAUCUGGGAAGAAACUAUUUCAUCAGAUUUCCUCUUCAGGAGGAACAGGUACAUGCAUGCAUACAUAAAUACAGACUCAUGUUCUGUGACUUGAGUGCCCUACAUCUGUGCUAAUGCAGUGUGUAUCCAUGGAGGGGGUUGUGCUCCCUUUUCUUUCUCUCCCCAAAAUGUAUUCUCUAAUGGUUAGUCAGAUUUGUGAUCUUUGUCAUGACCUUGACUUUAGAGUGUGGAAUCAACUUCAGGACAAUGCACUGUUAACCUUAAAACAGGUACUGUAGAUAUGGAAUCCUAGUAGCUUUAGAAGUGCCUUUAAUUGAGAGGAAGCAGUAUCAACAUUAAUGCAGCUGACCCUCCUGCUCCCCAGUCCUUCACAGUACGUUGUUACAGAAAGUUCUUGUUCCACUCCUGCCUCCCUCUCCAAAUUUCUGGAAAUAAGACAGCAGGGUUUUCCUUUGUAAAGUUAGGCUUGUUUGUAAGACUUAUGAGCCUUUCAGUUUUUAUAUAAGCACCUCAAAUUCUCAGCAUUAUAACCCUGCACAGAUCCUGAUCCCUGCCAGCUGCCUCCUCAUCCUGUUGCAGGCUGAGGUAGCUUUCAGCAGACUUCACACCCUGCUGGGUUCCAGAACUGAGGACAUGCUCCAUCCAAGUGGCCAAAUCCGUAAGAGGUGCUACUGCUGUUGUCACUUGUAAGCAGAUGCUGGAAGAAGAGUGGUUAGUGGUGCCUUCUUUUAACAUACCUGCAUGAGCAUGUGGACCAUGCAGUGGACAAGCAUUGCUUGAGGGGAUUAAAUCCAGCAGGCUCCCUCUGAUGCAGCAGCCUCCUCUUUGCUCUGAAACCCUUUAAGUGAUACCCUUCCCCUGGAUGCUGUGCCAGAAAAGCCCUCAAGCUUUAUAGGGGUAAAAGCAAGAGAGUGAAGUACACUGGAGGGUGAAGCAAUAGUAACAUAUUUAGGCUUCUUUUGACUACCCUCUUUCCACAGCAAGGCUGGAUUUUUGUAUCAAGUGAUUUCUGCCAUACACAAACAGAACUUAUAUUCAAGUGCUGACUUGCAAGCUGAGGCACCAAAGACCUGAUACAAUAGACUAGAGGCUGU